GUGGCAGUUUGUGCGCGCGGAGCAGCAGCAGCAGCAGCAGCACCGCUAAGGAGGAGGAUGGAGCUGAAACCGGUACUCUGUGCUAUCUCUCUCCUCUGGGGGUCCAGUGUUUGUCUGGCCUACGUCCUCAGUCGGUCUGGAAAAACGGGGACGGCGGAUGACUUCCAGUCAGACUCCCCGUAUGACAGCACAUCAGGAUCCUGCAAACACAGGUGCUUUGAACUGCAGGAAGCCGAGGCCCCAAACUGCCGCUGUGACAACUUGUGCAAAACCUACAACAGCUGCUGUUCAGAUUUUGACGAGCACUGUUUGAAGACAGAGGGGGGCUUUGAGUGCAGUAAGGAGCGAUGCGGGGAAACCCGAAAUGACCAGCACGCCUGCCACUGCUCGGACGACUGCCUGGCCAAAGGAGAUUGCUGCACAAACUACAGGACUCUGUGCAAAGGUGAUACUCCCUGGCUGCAAGAAGAGUGUGAGGAGAUUAAGAGUCCUGAGUGUCCUGCUGGGUUUGUUCGUCCACCUCUCAUCAUGCUCUCUGUUGACGGCUUUCGAGCCUCCUACAUGAAGAGGGGCAAUACAGUGAUCCCCAACAUUGAGAAACUGAGAACAUGUGGAACCCAUACACCAUACAUGAGACCAGUCUACCCCACCAAAACCUACCCAAAUUUAUAUACAAUUGCAACGGGUCUUUAUCCUGAGUCCCAUGGCAUUGUUGGUAACUCCAUGCAUGACCCUGUCUUUGAUGCAACAUUUAAUCUUCGAGGGAAGGAGAAACUGAACCAUCGUUGGUGGGGAGGACAACCUAUCUGGAUAACUUCUGUGAAGCAGGGAGUGAAGGCAGGCACUUUCUUCUGGCCUAUAGUGAUUCCGCUGGAGAGGAGAGUGUUGACCAUGCUGCAGUGGCUUCACCUCCCCGAUGCAGAGAGGCCGUAUGUUUACGCCAUGCACUCUGAGCAGACGGAUACCUACGGCCACAAACUAGGACCCCAGAGCCUUGAGCUAAACAACCCUCUGAAGGAGAUUGAUAGGGUGAUUGGCCAGCUGAUGGAUGGCUUGAAACAGAUGAAACUCCAUCGAUGUGUUAAUAUCAUCCUGGUUGGAGACCAUGGCAUGGAGGAAGCUCACUGUGACCGUACAGAGUUUCUCAGCUCAUACAUGUCCAACGUUGAUGACAUCAUACUGAUCCCUGGCUCUCUUGGGAGAAUUCGAGCUCGACAUCCCAACAACUCUAAAUUUGACGCAAAAGCAGUGGUAGCAAAUCUUACAUGUAAAAAGCCUGACCAGCAUUUUAAGCCCUACCUGAAACAGCACCUUCCCAAACGCCUCCACUACGCCAACAACCGCCGCAUUGAGGAGAUCCACCUUAUGGUGGAAAGAAAAUGGCAUGUAGCAAGGAAGUUUCCUGAGGGGAAGAAGCAUCCAGGCAGAUGCGGUUUCUCGGGUGACCACGGAUAUGAUAAUAAGAUUACUAGCAUGCAGACUGUUUUCCUUGGAUACGGACCAAUGUUUAAAUUCAAGACAAAGAUACCACCGUUUGAGAACAUUGAGCUGUAUAACGUCAUGUGUGACCUACUUGGCUUGAAGCCUGUUCCUAACAACGGAACCCAUGGUAGUCUGAACCACAUUUUGAAAAACCCUGUGCACAAACCUAGCAUGCCUGAAGAAGUGUCCAAGCCAACCCCCUCUGGGCCCACCACAGCCAUAACUGAUGACCUGGGGUGCACUUGUGAUGAAAAGUUGCGUUCAAAAAGUAGGGGGCAGAGGGCUUUGAAAGUGGCCCUGGUAAGAGGCUAUAACCUGGAGUCACUCUGGCUCUGUCUCUUACAGAACAAAGUGGAGGAGCUCAAUCAACGACUGAGACAAGUUAUUAAUGACAGCAAGAAUCUUCCUCAUGGUCGGCCAGCAGUCAUGUUCCGCACCAAGUAUGGCAUCCUUCACCACAGUGAUUACAUCAGCGGAUACAGUGAAGCUCUCUCCAUGCCUCUGUGGACCUCCUAUACCGUCUCUAAACAGGUGAAUGUGACUCCUCUUCCCGAAGCAUUGAGUAACUGCAUGAGGCCUGAUGUUAGAGUUCCUCCAGCCUACAGCCAGUCCUGCACCGGCUACCGAGCUGACAAACAGAUCUCCUAUGGUUUUCUCUACCCACCUCAGUUAGCCUCCACUCAAGAAGCAAGAUUCGAUGCUGUGCUCAUCACCAACACUGUGCCGAUGUACCCAGCGUUCAAGCGUGUGUGGACUUACUUCCAGAAGACUCUGGUGAAGAAAUACGCCAGUGAGAGAAAUGGGCUCAAUGUGGUCAUCGGUCCCAUCUUUGACUACGACUAUGAUGGCCUUCGAGACUCAGCAGAGAAGAUGAAACAGUAUGUAAGUGGCUCCGUGCCAAUCCCCACUCAUUUCUUCAUUGUGGCAACAAGCUGUCUGGACUACACACAGGCUGUGGAUGCCUGUGAUGGACCUCUCAGUGUCUUCUCCUUCAUCCUGCCUCACAGAGCUGAUAAUGAUGAGACUUGCAAUAGUUCAGAGGACGAGUCAAAGUGGGUGGAGGAGCUGAUGAAGAUGCACACGGCACGUGUGCGGGAUGUGGAGCUCCUGACAGGACUUGACUUCUUCCGCCGCACGAGCCAGAGUUACACCGACAUCCUCUCUCUAAAGACGUAUCUGCACACGUAUGAGAGCGAGAUCUGAACCACUGCUGUCCUUCUACUAGGCAUCCUCGUCCCGUCAAAAUCCCACCCCCUGCCCCUCUGCCGCCACCACUACUACCCCAUACCCCUACCCCGUCCACUGCCCUGUCUUAUGAGAUGGUGUAUAUUUUUAUACAAGCUGUCAUAUUUAUUGUCUUUCAUGUAAUUUCCUUUUUUCUUCAGUGAAUUACACACAUGAAUGGUCCUCUUUUUAAUGAGUUUAAAUGACAGUGUGAAGACGUUGCUUUUGCCAUUUAUUCAAGGUGUAUGAGUGAGUGAGUGCUUUGGUGAGCGUGAACAAGGCUGAGAAAUGUGAGCGUGAGUGAGAAUUUCUGUACUGUAUACUAUAAUGAAACUUGUAAUAUUGUCUUUCAACAUGUACCACUUGAGUGAUUCGACUUGUUUACUAUGCUUUGAAUGAAUUUCAUGACAUUAAACACUUUUAUACUUA